AUGUCCAGCGAUGGAUUUACGUCCAUAAUUUCCAUGUUUUACGCUGUCUUUCACCCCACAGAAGGAACUAAGGUUGUCUGCCAGGUUCCUAGUGGGUCAAUUGUGCCGGCAGAUAAAAGCAAAGACUCUUCCACGUUGGCUGUUCCCCUGUUUGAUUUCGACUCCAUCAAAAACUACGUGAUCCCUAAACCAGCACUUUGCAACAAAUUGGUAACUUUCAAAAUUAGCAGCUACCGUGUGGUAGGGUUUCCCGUCAACAUAUAUGCGUCUCAUUAUGCCCGAAACUCUUUCAGCUUCAAUCUGUGUUUUGUUUUCAAAUACGAGGAUGAUACCACUCCUUACGAAGGACAUGUCAAAAGACUAGGACGUAUGUUCCGCGCGCUAGAGGAACAAUCCCAAAUGCUGUCUAAAGCAGAUAAGAACCACGAGGAUUUCUUCAAGCCUCAAAAAGAACUGGAACCCAAAACCUGGUCCAAGACUUCAAAUUACAUUCGAAUAAUACAAGAUGAAGACGUCGGCGACGAGGUGACAUUUUCCAAUCAAAAUAUAAAGCAUUCCGAGUCCAGCGGUCCAAUACUGGCAUCGAUUGAAAGUUUAGUCCAACAGAUUUACCAGGACUUGAAUAACUACUCUGAAUGCCUCAUUCCUAUAGACUCUGCAAACUCUGUCGAUAUCAAGUUGUUUCCCAUCUUGCCCCCACCUCCAGAAUUAAAUGCUUGUGAUGUUCCUAUAGCAACAGUGAAACUAGAAACAAUGGUGGAUCCGCUAUGGGACCCGACGAUGGUGAGAAUUUUACCUUUCAUCAAUGGUAUCAACUCUAUAAAAAGAAUCAGCAUCUUAGCAGACGCAGAUUUUGAAUUAACAAGGCAGUGUAUUCAACACUUGAUCCACUUCAGGUCCGUUGCCGUUCUAGAUGUAUUUCAGUUCUCCAAUUGUUACGCUCCCACUUCGCAAAUAUGCAACUUCUUACGCGACCCAAUGAUGGCUUCCGAAUGUCAAGGAUACGUGAUUUCAUCCACAGGAACAUUUGGUAACUUGCCUCUCCAGAGAAGCCAGGAUAUAGGGUUGAAUCAAGACAUGGAAAAUGCCAGCACACAUUCUUCUUUACUGGGAAACGAAAGGUCACAGAUGCACGAUAGUCAGCAUUCUUUUUCUCCCAAGACUAAUUCGUAUCAAAAUCUAAAAUCAAUCCAAAAAACUACGUUUGUUCCUUUGCCUUCAAAAGCAACUUUGUUCUAUCUCUAUCGUUCCAUGAACCAAAAUCUUACUCUGCGUCAAUGGCAUUCAGAAAACAGCAAGCUUCUGGCUCAUAUCGAUAUAAGAAGAUUUGUUACUUUUGGCGUGCUCAGGGGAAUCAUUUACAGAGUGCGAACUUAUCCUGUUUCCAACAAAACAUCGACAUCCAUAGAUUUUGGCACAAUCUAUACAAAUUACAAUGACGGCGCACACUCUAGGAAACCCAAUUACAAUGUGUCUGUGCUGCCUGUCACCAAGAACAUCAGGAAGUUUAGCAACGAUUUUGACGAUGACGAUAAGCUGAUAGAAGCAGCAGAGACCAAUGACAAGUUUCUGGACCUGACAGGCCUCAAAUCUGAGCGUCUUAGGCAGCAACAAGAAAUCAAGCUUUCUCGCUUGCUAAAGAAAUGUCGGGAUUUUGAUACGAUAUGCACAGAAAUGAGCCUUCCAAGAAAAGAGGUUGUCGAGAUGCUUACGAAGAUGGGCGAUUGGAGCGUUAUUAGUUCGUGA